AAGCGGUCUGUUUGAAUAUGUUCGUUCUGAGCAGGUUGAUCUUGCUGUCGAAUGAUUUAGCAUAGAAGGUGAUGGUGGACGAUGUGGAUAGUUCUAAUACAAAUUUGUCGCUCGUAGAAGAACAUUCUUCAACACAAAUAAGAUCAAGUUUAAGUUGUGAUAGCCCACAAAACAAACCUAAUAAUAAGACCUGGAGCAGUUCACUAAAGUGUUCUGUUUCGUGUACUUCUUUAUUACCGGUUUUCAGCAUACCUUCAGAAAAGAGUCCUUCUUCGUAUGUCUACCGCACAAAUGGUGCUGAACGUGGACUGUGUGUUGUUUUUUCAGUUGAUAAAUUCGAUCCGAUACUUUGUUUGCCACCAAGAAAUGGUUCUUUGGUUGAUAUACAAAAUAUUAAGAGAGCUUUUACGAGCCUCGACUUUAGGGUCAUAGUGCAUUCAAAUCCGACAUCCGAAAGUUUAUUUUCUUUAAUCCGAACAAUCUCAACACAAAAUCUACGCGACCAUGAUUGUUUCGCUUGUGUAAUUCUUUCUCAUGGUGAUGAGGGUGGAUUAAUAUACGCAACAGAUGGUUCUAUUCCCGUGGAUCGUAUCAUCGCUCCAUUUCGUGGAGAUCAAUGUUUGGAUUUAAGAGGCAAGCCAAAACUAUUCUUUAUCCAAGCAUGCCGUGGAAUGGCACUUGAUGACGGCGUAUUUGUUUGUGAUGGACCUUUAUCUAAUAGUAAAUCUGCGGAUGCUGCGACAACAACAAGACGGAUUCCAGUUGAGGCAGAUCUUUUCAUCGCCUAUUCAGUCCAACCAGGUUAUUACGCUUUUCGUAACUCCGUCAACGGUUCUUGGUUCAUACGAGCCUUAUCUGAUGUCUUGCUUCGGUAUGGAAAUACUUUAGAUUUGUUGAGUAUCAUGACACGUGUGAACUGUGAGGUUGCUUUUGAAUACGAGUCAACUGCAGCCAAUCCAUCAUUCUGCGGUAAGAAGCAAAUGCCAUCGUUUGUGUCUACUUUGACAAAGCACGUCAUCUUUCCACCAAAAAAACAUCGAAAUACUUCGAAACUGCUGUAAAGUUUUUAAUUCAAAGUAACUAACUAAUGGAUAUAUUCAUUAAAAUUUUUCAGAUUCGAAACAAGAAAAUAACGUGAUAUAAUUUUCUUACGGUAAAAUCCAGAGAAACAAUUUUCUAUACUUUAAAUGAUAUUUUCUCUAAAUUCCAUAUCCCUUGUGAAGUACAUGUUGAAAAUGAUAGCUAUCUAAUUUUUUGAACAAUCUGUUACAUGAUCUUCAAUUUCUUUCGAGAUAACGAUUUAUUUAAGCCUUCUAUUUGACGACCUAAAUAUUCUACUGAACAGCUAAAAAGUAUAUUUUAGUGACGUGUUUAAAUCCAUAAGAAACCUUCGAUACUGACAGUCUUAGCGUAGGAUAUAUAAAAUGGUCGAAAUAAUGUCGAGUAAAAAAAUUAGUGUUAUACUUAGAUGCUACUUCCUGCCUUUUUUUCUGACGAAUUUACUUUCCCAAACUAGAAUAUUCACCAUUUAUAUUGCAGUUAUUUCGAUUGUUACUUUUUAGACUGCUCUGUUUUUGUUCCUCGAUAUUCUUCACUGGAGUAUAUUCAUUAGUCCUAUUUGUGUGA